UAUGAACAUGGAUUACAUAUGGAUAUCGCUUCUACUGAUUACCAUUCUUUCCAGUAAAUGUAUCGCAAACGACUGCAUACCGUAUUAUGUAGAAAACGAAGUGAUUGCAUGUGUUUGCAAUGCAACGUACUGCGAUGGGUUACCGGAAGAUAGACCGGAAGUUCCGGAGUUAGGUAGCUCUUACUGGUAUGUGUCUAAUAAACAGGGUCUUAGAAUGAAAGUGUCAAAAGUGAAAUUUAAUAAUUGUGCAAAUAUUUCCUCGGAUGCAACACUGACCUUAGAUAGAACGAAAAAGUAUCAGACGAUUCUUGGCUUCGGCGGUGCAUUCACUGACACAAAUGGCUUGAAAAUAGCAAAACUCAGUCCAGCUGUUCAGAAACAACUGAUUCGAGCAUAUUACGAUCCAAAAUGUGGAAGCAAGUAUACACUGGGUCGCAUACCUAUCGCUGGUUCUGAUUUCUCUACCAGAAUUUACACGUACGAUGACAUCGCCAAUGACACUUCGAUGAAGCAUUUCUCCCUUACCAAGGAAGAUUACGAUUACAAGAUACCAUAUGCAAAGGAAGCUCUCAGUUUAAAUCCCGAUACGCUGUUCCUCAGUGCUGCAUGGUCUGUCCCAUUUUGGAUGAAAAGUAACGACGAUGGGCUUACUUUCUUAAAAGAAGAAUACUACCAAACAUACGCUGAUUACAUAAUCAAAUUUCUGGAUGAGUAUAAAAAGAACGGUCUUGACAUCUGGGCAGUUUCAACUGGUAACGAACCACUAACUGCUUAUAUAUUCAAACUUCCAUACCUCUCUAUGGGAUGGACACCAGAAACGAUGGCUAACUGGGCUGGCAAGUACCUUGGUCCAACUCUGAAAUCGUCAACACACGAUAAGACGUUGAUUUUAGUCCACGAUGAUAACAGAGAAGUAUUACCUGAAUUUGUUGAACCGACGUUUAAGGAUAAAGAUGUAGCAAAAUACGUUGCUGGAACAGCUGUCCAUUGGUAUAAUGAUUCCAUUACGUCUCCAAAUCGAUUAAACGAAUUGCAUGAUGAAUUUCCGGACAAAUUCAUACUCAUGACUGAAGCAUCUAUAGGACCUCCAAUAUGGGACACUCCAAAAGUUAAAUCGGAAUCCUGGCAGCGAGGUGAAAGAUAUAUCUUGGACAUAAUACAGCAAUUGAAUCAUUGGUCAAUCGGAUGGGUAGAUUGGAAUUUAGCUUUAGAUAAAACUGGUGUACCAAACCUCGUUAACAUUAGUCUCGAUGCCGCUAUCAUUGUGAACCCAGAAACCGAUGAAUUUUAUAAACAGCCUAUGUAUUAUGCUAUCCAACACGUUAGUAGAUUUGUUGAUAGAGGCUCUGUAAGAAUUUCCGUUACCGAUACGGAUACCGUCAAAGCUGCUGCUUUUCUUACACCUUCGAAAGAAACCGUCAUUGUACUAUAUAAUAGGGAGACUUCCACGAAACAUGUAGUUCUGAAGGAUUUGCAAAAAGGCACGCUUUGCUUGGAAUUAUCUCCACAAUCUAUGAAUACUUUAAAAUACAAUUAA